AUGCUCUCGGAGGGGGAUUGCAUCGCUCACAUCCUCUUGGGCGCGAGCGUUGGCGAUCCCGGAGCUGACGUCGCGCUCGUGGAGAUGGGCACGUGGUUGGGCGCCGCGAGCGUCUGCACUGCCGCGGGCCUGAGCCUCGCGCGUUCGACUGUGGAAUACCACGCCUUUGAUCUAUUCAGUAUGCCCCCCUCCAAGCAUAGGGAUAACACAAACUUUCACAAGCUGCACGUCGCCAGGGACGUGCCACCCGUGAAGGCGUUGAUCGAAUCGCCGGAUCACCGCUACGAGGCCAUGUGGAACGAGAUCGUGACGCAGGUGUACCCGUCCAAGCGAGUGCACUCGCAUGCGGGGUUCAUCGGAAGCACCGGAGUGGGCGGUGCGAGCGCAGAUUGGAACGACAAGAAGGUCGGGCUGUUCAUGAUCGAUUCGGCAAAGGAUUAUCACCAGCUCGUCUUACAAUCACACGCGGUGUGGAACAAGCUCCGUCCGGGGUCUGUCGUGCUCUUCUCGGACUUUCUCAUGCCCCUCAAAUCGUGCAGCAAUGCGGUGCGCGCAAACUUCAGCCAGAUCCAAUCCGUACCCGGGUUCGUGUACCGAUCACUCGUCGAGAAAGGCCUGUUCAAGCUCCUGUGGGUCUUCCCCAAGAGCCAGCAGGUCGCGUUUGAGGUGACGGACAAGUACCAACCGUCCAGGGCGCAGGAGUACCUCACGAGGUGCACAUACCCUAAGCAGAAAUGCCCGCCGAAGCCGGAUUGGGCCGCGAGGUUCCACGGGGAAAUCAAGGGCAACCUGAGGGAUCGCAGAUACUCGACCGGCUUCUUCAUGAAGCAGAUGAAUCGCACGAAGAACAUCUUCAAGUGCGACCAGUAG